AAUAAUCAAAGUAACCGAUCGAAAUAACCGACAUAGAAGAAAAUUGGCGGGUAAAAGUAUUGCGCGCGCAACAAUUUCAUCUAUAAAAUACUCUUAGCAAUGCGACCAAUCGCUAGUAGGUUAAAACUAUCCCUCCGUGAGGAGUUUAUUGUCGGCCAAUAUGACUAGGUAAAUUGUGAUAAGUUUGAGGUUAUCUUCAACAAAUUGUCUUAUAUUUUAAAUGUAUAAAUAUCAACUUUUAAAAGUAUUUUAUUGUUUUUAAACGUAUUUUAUACGACUGAUAACGAUAGAUAAUAUUUCACUUUUUGUACGCUUAUAAUGAUUGUAACAAGCCGAUUUAAAGAUGCUGGUGUCAUAGGAGGUGAACACAGAAUUUUCGAGUAUCUCUCGAUUUAUUACAGGUCAAAGAUAGAAUUGGGAGAUGUAACGCCUCAUAAUAUAAAACAACUUAAACUCUUAAAUCAAGUGGUGUUUCCAGUUUCGUAUAAUGAAAAAUUUUAUAAGGACGUUUUAGAAGCAGGAGAACUUGCUAAACUAGCAUAUUACAAUGACAUAGUGGUUGGUGCAGUUUGUUGUCGUGUAGAUACUUCAGAAAACUCUAGACGUUUAUAUAUAAUGACUUUAGGGUGUUUAUAUCCUUAUAGGAGAUUAGGAAUUGGUACAGUGAUGGUACAACACGUUUUAAAGUAUGUCAAUAAAGAUGGAAAUUUUGACUCAAUUUUUCUUCACGUUCAAAUAAGUAAUGAAGGGGCGAUUGAUUUCUAUAAAAAAUUUGGAUUUGAAAUAGUGGAAACGAAACAACAUUAUUACAAAAGAAUAGAGCCUGCGGAUGCGCAUGUUUUACAGAAAACAUUGCGACCUCGAGCAAAUCAAACGAAUCAACAGACUAUCAACUAAUAAAUUUUCUUGUACAUUACUUCAUUUCAUCUUUUUCUUUACCAUCACAAAAUUAUAUUUGUCUUUGAAUUCUAUGAAUAAAGCUCCUUGUUAUUACA